AUGCCUCCACAAUACCAUGACCAGGCCUUUUGGAACACACGGUUCAAGAACGAGGCUACAUUCGAAUGGUUGGGAGACGGUCAAGAUACACUACUUCCUCCGUUGCGCGAUUUUCUUGUGCAAUGCAGAGCCAGUUUUGAUGUACCGCCGCGAAUCCUACACAUCGGAGCAGGGACCUCCUCCUUCCAAGACCAUGUUCAGCGUGCCCUGGUCCAAAUUUACGGAAAUGAUGUUGACUGCCGGACAAUUGUGAAUACGGACUUCGCUGAAGUCCCUGCUAUGCACAAGGCAGACACGGCGCAACCCAGCGGGCAAUGGGUGAAGGCAGACCUUCUCCGCUGGACUGAUAUCCUGAAGAUACUUGAGACAGCUUCGGACCGCUUUUCCGUCGUUCUGGACAAGAGCACCUCAGAUGCCAUUUCAUGCGGCUCUCCCGUGGCACCGCAAGAGACCUCCGAGGAUAUGGGCAUCAACCCGCUGGUGCGCUCUCUUCUUGCUGCGAAUGGCAGCGCCGAAAAAAACCCGACUUUGUCCGCAUUGGAAGUCCUAUCGUUGCACUUAGCCACCUGCGUUAAACCGGGCGGGAUCUGGAUCGCGUUGUCAUAUUCCAGCGACCGGUUCCCCUUCCUGCGGUCUUCGAAUAGUUCAUCCCGCCAGGAACACAAGAAGAUGAGCCACUCGUCCAUUUAUUGGACCAUAGAGAACGUAGUCGCGGUCGACGCACCCUCGGGCCAAGAUAAACCAGGAGUCCAUGCUCCAAGGGUGCAGCAUCAUUUAUACGUAUUACGGAGAACCUCCGCUGCAGCGUAA